AGCGGCCAGGAACUUUCUCAGCGCGGCGAGGACCAGGGCCGGCGCUGCCCGGGAUGCGCGACUGUGCGCGGCGGCGGCGGCGCAGACCCCGGGAUCCGAUUUCACAGGCGCCGGACGCGAGCCCGCCCCGCCGGCCGAGCCGACCAUGAACGGGACGGCCAACAUGGGCCCCGCCGGCCGCCCGCACUACGGCUCCUCCAUCCCCGUGCCCCGCGCCGCCUCCCAGACCCGCACCCACACCCCGGGCGCCUCGCCCCAGCUGCGCCCGCGCCAGGCCGGCCCAGCCCUGAGCCCACAGCGAGCGGCCUCCCCGAGGCUGGGCAAGGCCUCGGGGGCCCCCCGGGGCUCCUCCCCAAGGGCCUCCCGCGGCAGAGGCUCCCCGAAGCCUGCCGGGGUGGUGAGGGAGCCCGCCGAGGGCACCGACGGCCUCUGCAGCCCUCCGUGGGGCAGCCCCAGGGCCCCCCCCAGGGCAGCGCUGCCCGGCCGGGCAGGACCCCGAAGAGCCGGGGAGACCCAGGGCUCGAGGGGGCGGAAGAAGGCAGCCCGGGAGGGCAUUCCCGUCCGCCAGACCCGGGGCAGGAGCCCGGCCCGGACGAGCUCCCGCGAAGACACCCCAGAGCCAGGGGCUCCGGAGGGGCCAGCGCCUCCUGGCUGCCCAGGAGAAGACCAACGAGAGGAAAACUACGCAAGUUCUGGGGUCCCCGGGUCUUCGGGGGCCCCCUCCCCGGCCUGCAGCCCUGAGCAGAGCCGACGGCCCGCGCUGGCCCCGGGGCCCAUCAGCUUCUCCUCGGCCCACCCGCAGGGCCCGCCCGCCACGGCCACCGUGGCCCCCUUCCAGUACAGGUUGCAGACAGACCUCGACCCCGGGCCCCUGCCCGGGCCCCAGGGCAGCUGGGCCGUGGAUGGCUACUCCACGCCCCCCGGCGGGACCGAGGACGGCUUCUCCUGCGUGGACGCGCGGAUCGUCCAUGCGCUCCUCGCAGGCAGAAUGCUGGGCAGCAGCGUCAAGAGCGCGCAGCCCGAGGUGGAGCUGAGCGGCUGCGGCGACGAGGGCGCGGACGAGCCCCGGGGCGCGGGGAAGAAGGCGGCGGCGGACGGCAGAGGCAUGCUACCCAAGCGCGCCAAGGCGCCCGGCGGCGGCGGCGGCGUGGCCAAGGCCAGCGCGGCGGAGCUGAAGGUCUUCAAGUCCGGCAGCGUGGACGGCCGAGUCCCCGGCGGGCCGCCCGCCUCCAACCUGCGCAAGCAGAAGUCGCUGACCAACCUGUCGUUCCUCACGGACUCGGAGAAGAAGCUGCAGCUCUAUGAACCCGAGUGGAGCGACGACAUGGCCAAGGCGCCCAAGGGCCUGGGCAAGGCGGGGUCCAAGGGCCGCGAGGGCCCGCUGAUGUCCAAGACGCUGUCCAAGUCGGAGCACUCGCUCUUCCAGGCCAAGGGCAGCCCCGCCGGCGGUGCCAAGACCCCCCUGGCCCCGCUGGCGCCCAGCCUGGGGAAGCCCAGCCGGAUCCCGCGCGGCCCCUACGCCGAGGUCAAGCCGCUCAGCAAGGCGCCGGAGGCGGCCGUGAGCGACGACGGCAAGUCGGACGACGAGCUGCUCUCCAGCAAGGCCAAGGCGCAGAAGGGCUCCGCGCCGGUGCCGCCCGCCAAGGGCCAGGAAGAGCGCGCCUUCCUCAAGGUGGACCCCGAGCUGGUCGUGACGGUGCUGGGGGACCUAGAGCAGCUCCUCUUCAGCCAGAUGCUGGACCCAGAGUCCCAGAGGAAGAGGACGGUGCAGAACGUGCUGGACCUUCGGCAGAACCUGGAGGAGACCAUGUCCAGCCUGCGCGGGUCCCAGGUCACCCACAGCUCCCUGGAGAUGACCUGCUACGACAGUGACGACGCCAACCCCCGCAGCGUGUCCAGUCUGUCCAACCGCUCGUCCCCUCUGUCCUGGCGCUACGGCCAGGCGAGCCCGCGGCUGCAGGCCGGCGACGCCCCCUCGGUGGGCGGGAGCUGCCGCUCGGAGGGGCCGCCCGCCUGGUACGCGCACGGGGAGCGCGCCCGCUACUCGCACACCAUGCCCAUGCGCAGCCCCAGCAAGCUCGGCCACGCCUCCCGCCUGGACGCCGACGACGCCGACCUCAAGUCCGGCUACAUGAGCGACAGCGACCUCAUGGGCAAGACCAUGACGGAGGACGACGACAUCACCACCGGCUGGGAUGAGAGCAGCUCCAUCAGCAGCGGCCUCAGCGACGCCUCGGACAACCUCAGCUCCGAGGAGUUCAACGCCAGCUCCUCUCUCAACUCCCUCCCGACGACGCCCACCGCCUCGCGCCGGAACUCCACCGUCGUGCUGCGCACCGACUCGGAGAAGCGCUCCCUGGCGGAGAGCGGGCUGAGCUGGUUCAGCGAGUCGGAGGACAAGGCGCCGCGGCGGCUGGACUACGACAGCGGCAGCCAGAUGGAGGCGGGCGGCUCCAAGUGGCGCCGGGAGCGGCCCGAGAGCUGCGACGACGCGGCCAAGGUCGCGGAACUGAAGAAGCCCCUCAGCCUGGGCCCCCCGGGGUCGCUGAAGAAGGGCAAGACCCCGCCCGUGGCUGUCACCUCCCCCAUCACGCACACGGCCCAGAGCGCCCUCAAGGUCGCAGGCAAGCCCGAGGGCAAGGCCGCGGACAAGGGCGCGCUGGCGGUGAGGAGCUCGGGCCUGCAGCGCUCCUCCUCCGACGCCGGCCGGGACCGCCUGGGCGACGCCAAGAAGCCCCCCUCGGGCAUCGCCCGCCCCUCCACGUCGGGGUCCUUCGGGUACAAGAAGCCCCCUCCCGCCACGGGCACGGCCACCGUCAUGCAGACAGGGGGCUCCGCCACGCUCGGCAAGAUCCAGAAGUCCUCAGGCAUCCCCGUGAAGCCGGUGAGCGGCCGCAAGACCAGCCUGGACGUGUCCGGCGGCCCAGAGCCCGGGUUCCUGGCCCCCGGAGCCCGCUCCAACAUCCAGUACCGCAGCCUGCCCCGGCCGGCCAAGGCCAGCUCCAUGAGCGUGACGGGGGGCCGGGCCGGGCCACGCCCCGUGAGCAGCAGCAUCGACCCCGGCCUGCUGGGCGCCAGGCAGGCCGGCCUCACGCCCUCCAGGCUGAAGGAGCCUUCCAAAGUGGCCGGCGGGCGGGCCGCGCCGGCCCCCGUCAAUCAGACCGACCGGGAAAAGGAGAAGGCCAAGGCCAAGGCCGUCGCCAUGGAUGCAGACAACAUCUCCCUGAAGAGCGUGGGCUCCCCGGAGAGCACGCCCAAGAACCAGGCGGGCCACCCACCGGCCACCAAGCUGGCAGAGCUGCCGCCAACGCCUGUCAGGGCCACGGCGAAGAGCUUCGUCAAGCCGCCCUCCCUGGCCAACCUGGACAAGGUCAACUCCAACAGCCUGGACCUGUCGUCCUCCGGGACGCCCCACGCCCCGAAGGGCGCCGACCUGCUGGCGGCUGGCUCCGCGGCCAGCGGCCCGCUCUCCUCCUGCUUCACCCGCCCGGCCCCCAUCCUCAACAUCAACUCCGCCAGCUUCUCGCAGGGCCUGGAGCUCAUGAGCGCCUUCGCCAUCCCCAAGGAGCCCCGCAUGUACCCCAAACUCUCGGGCCUGCACCGGAGCAUGGAGUCCCUCCAGGUGCCCAUGAGCCUGCCCAGCACCUUCCCCGGCAGCGCCCCCAGGCCCGCCCCCCCGGGCCCCCCGGCCGCACCCCCAGAGGACGACUCAGAGGAGCUGGCCUGGAGCGGGAGCCCCCGAACCGGGCAGGUGGACAGUGACCAGCGGGACCGGAACACGCUGCCCAAGAAGGGGCUCAGGUACCAGCUUCCAUCCCAGGAGGAGGCCAAGGACAGGCGACACUCCCACACGGUCGGCGGGCUGCCGGAGUCCAACGACCCGUCAGAGCUGCCGUCCCCCCCUGCGCUGCCCGUGUCCUUGAGCGCGAAGGGGCAGCUCACCAACAUAGUGAGCCCCACCGCGGCGGCCGCGCCGAGGAUCACCCGCUCCAACAGCAUCCCCACCCACGAGGCGGCCUUCGAGCUGUACAGCGGCGCCCAGACGGGGAGCAGCCUGUCCCUGGCCGAGAGGCCCAAGGGCAUGGUGCGGUCGGGGUCCUUCCGAGACCCCGCAGACGACGUGCACGGCUCGGUGCUGUCCUUGGCCUCCAGCGCGUCCUCCACCUACUCCUCAGCGGAGGAGAGGAUGCAGUCCGAGCAAAUCCGCAAGCUCCGCCGGGAGCUGGAGUCCUCGCAGGAGAAGGUGGCCACCCUCACGUCCCAGCUGUCUGCCAACGCGAACCUGGUGGCCGCGUUCGAGCAAAGCCUGGUGAACAUGACGUCCCGCCUGCGGCACCUGGCGGAGACCGCGGAGGAGAAGGACACGGAGCUGCUGGACCUGCGGGAGACCAUAGACUUCCUGAAGAAGAAGAACUCCGAGGCCCAGGCCGUCAUUCAGGGGGCGCUGAGCGCCUCGGAGUCCGCGCCCAGAGAGCUGCGGAUCAAGCGGCAGAACUCCUCCGACAGCAUCUCCAGCCUGAACAGCAUCACCAGCCACUCCAGCGUGGGCAGCGGCAAGGACGCCGACGCCAAGAAGAAGAAGAAGAAGAGCUGGGUCUAUGAGCUCCGGAGCUCCUUCAACAAAGCCUUCAGCAUCAAGAAGGCGCCCAAGUCAGCGUCCUCCUGCUCCGACAUCGAGGAGAUCGCCACGCCCGACUCCUCGGCGCCCUCGUCCCCCAAGCUGCAGCACGGGGGGUCCGCGGAGACCGCCCCGCCCGCCGCCAAGCCCCCCCAGCCGUCCCCCCUGGGCGUCGAGGCCCCGGAGGCCCCGGCCCACCCGGCCCCCCACACGCGGCUGUUCCCCACCAGCGAGGAGGAGGAGCCGGAGAAGAAGGAGGUGUCGGAGCUGCGCUCGGAGCUGUGGGAGAAGGAGAUGAAGCUGACGGACAUCCGCCUGGAGGCCCUGAGCUCCGCCCACCAGCUGGACCAGCUCCGGGAGACGAUGCACAACAUGCAGCUGGAGGUGGACCUGCUCAAGGCGGAGAACGACCGGCUGAAGGUCGCCCCCGGCCCCUCGGCGGGCUCCGCGCCGGGGCAGGUCCCCGGCUCGUCGGCGCUGUCCUCCCCGCGCCGCUCGCUGGGCCUGGCGCUCACCCACUCCUUCAGCCCGAGUCUCCCGGACACAGACCUGUCGCCCAUGGACGGCAUCAGCAGCGGCCCGAAGGAGGAGGCCACCCUCCGGGUGGUGGUGAGGAUGCCGCCGCAGCACAUCAUCCGUGGGGACUUGAAGCAGCAGGAAUUCUUCCUGGGGUGCAGCAAGGUCAGCGGGAAGCUGGACUGGAAGGUGCUGGACGAAGCCGUUUUCCAGGUGUUCAAGGACUACAUCUCCAAGAUGGACCCGGCCUCCACCCUGGGGCUCAGCACCGAGUCCAUCCACGGCUACAGCAUCAGCCACGUGAAGCGGGUGCUGGACGCGGAGCCCCCGGAGAUGCCCCCGUGCCGCCGCGGCGUCACCAACAUCUCCGUGUCCCUCAAAGGUCUGAAGGAGAAGUGUGUGGACAGCCUGGUGUUCGAGACGCUGAUCCCCAAGCCCAUGAUGCAGCAUUACAUCAGCCUGCUGCUCAAGCACCGGCGCCUGGUCCUCUCCGGCCCCAGCGGCACGGGCAAGACUUACCUGACCAACCGGCUGGCCGAGUACCUGGUGGAGCGCUCCGGCCGCGAGGUCACCGAGGGCAUCGUCAGCACCUUCAACAUGCACCAGCAGUCCUGCAAGGACCUGCAGCUGUACCUCUCCAACCUGGCCAACCAGAUCGACCGGGACACGGGGACCGGGGAUGUGCCCCUGGUGAUCCUGCUGGACGACCUGAGCGAGGCGGGCUCCAUCAGCGAGCUGGUCAACGGGGCCCUCACCUGCAAGUACCACAAGUGCCCCUACAUCAUAGGGACCACGAAUCAGCCCGUGAAGAUGACGCCCAACCACGGCUUGCACCUGAGCUUCAGGAUGCUGACCUUCUCCAACAACGUGGAGCCGGCCAAUGGCUUCCUGGUCCGCUACCUGCGGCGGAAGCUGCUGGAGUCAGACAGCGACGCCAACGCCAACCGGGAGGAGCUGCUGCGGGUGCUGGACUGGGUGCCCAAGCUGUGGUACCACCUGCACACCUUCCUGGAGAAGCACAGCACCUCCGACUUCCUCAUCGGCCCCUGCUUCUUCCUGUCCUGCCCCAUCGGCAUCGAGGACUUCCGCACCUGGUUCAUUGACCUGUGGAACAACUCCAUCAUCCCCUACCUGCAGGAGGGCGCCAAGGACGGCGUCAAGGUGCACGGGCAGAAAGCCGCUUGGGAGGACCCUGUGGAGUGGGUCCGGGACACCCUCCCCUGGCCGUCCGCCCAGCAGGACCAGUCGAAGCUGUACCACCUGCCCCCACCCACCGUGGGCCCCCACAGCAUGGCCUCGCCGCCCGAGGACAGGACGGUCAAAGACUGCACCCCGAGUUCUCUGGAGUCGGACCCCCUGAUGGCCAUGCUGCUGAAGCUGCAGGAGGCUGCCAAUUACAUCGAGUCCCCGGACCGAGAGACCAUCCUGGACCCCAACCUCCAGGCGACGCUCUGAGGGCCUGGUGGUCCCCGCUGCCGCCCCAGGACACGGGACGCUGCAGCAGCAGCACCAUCCGCUCCCGCCCCCGCCCUCCCCGAGCCUGGCUCCCCAGCGAGGCCAGCAUGGGUGGGGGAGGAGGGACGGGAAGCCGGCGGGUGCUCGGUGCUGCGCCUUUGAGAACUUCCCGGAGGGGCUGGCGGGGCAGCGUCCGGGAGCUCGUGCCCCGCACCAUGAACCGGCCCCCUCUCCUGGCUGUGGGGAGAAGACGGCGCUGGGUCUUCUUCCUUGAUUUCCUGUCUGGACGACAGACUCCUGGGCGUCCUGGGGAGGGCUCGGAAGACAGCAGAUGAGCCCGCGGUGGGUCCUCGCCAUCCUCAGGAGCAGCUCCGAGAGAGACCGGCCCUGCAGGCCCCCCCCAGAGAAGCGGGAGCACCCCGGACUUCUGCGGACCCCUCCCGGCCCGUCGCCACUGCCAACGACACCACCCCCGCCCCCCCCCCCCGGAGGUCUGGGUGGAGCCCGGGAGAAGCAGCAUGUGGUUUCAAAGACGCUCCGAUCCAUCUGCAAAAGCUGUCGAAGCAAGAGGCGGAUGCAGCUGGAGAGGGGAGCCAGGUGCCAGGGAGAGUGCAUGCCGGCCGGCCUGGGUGGCGGCGGGCAUGGGACCAGGACAGCGGACGGCCAGAGGACGGCCGGAGGACGGCUGGACCACGGGAACCGCGGGACACCCGCCCCGCCGGCAAGGACGGCCGCUGCCCCGCACACGCUCGCCCCACGGGCUGGGCGUCAAUAAACUCUGCUUCUCUGGUUUUU